GCGGGCCGGAGUCGAGCCUGGUGGGCGGCGGGCGGGCAGGGGACGCGAUCGGCGACAGCUGGACCCUGGCGCGGCGUGGGCAGCGGCGGCGGCACCAGCUUCGCCGAGCCGCGGAACCGCGAUCUGGUCGUGGGCUCCGCGUUUGCAGGCUGCUCCCGGGGGGCCAGCGCAGCCGGUGCUCGCCCCGGCUUUGUCACUCGCCUCCAGCUACAUCCGCGGGCCGUGGCUGCUCGAGCCUCGGAGCUUGCGGUCCCCGCCCCGCGGUCCUUCCUCCGCCCCUUAACCGGGGCAGCGGGAGCCCGAGCGAACAGCCACCGAGCAUCCUUCCCCCGCCCCGGCCGCGCCACCGCCCAUGCUGCAGCCGGUCCGGGACAGCGACCCCGCGGCCGGAGCCCGCCGCUCGGUGACCUCAGCCUGGGCCCUGCGCGCCGCCCGAGCCGGUCCCGCUGAACCCUGGGCCCUGGCGCGGGACCCGUGCCCCGCGAUGGCUCGGCUGGCGCAGCGCGGCGCCAGGUGCCCGCCGUCUGCCCGCUGAGACGCGCCCGGCUGGGGACCGGCUGGGCCUUGGCACUCCCAGCCUUCGCCUCCCUGCCGCGCCCUUUCCCCUUCUGGGGGAGCCGCUGCCGUUUCCCAGGGGCGAAGGGACAGGGGGCCCAGACAAAGCCCACUUUGUGCAGGGAGUUGGCCGCGGGCGUGGAAUGUGCGCGUCGACGCGCGCCCCCUCCCCGCGCCCCGCCAGCUGCGAGUCUUGGCUCCCGGACUUGUCUCGCUGCGUCGGGGAAAUCGCCCCCCAGCGCCACUCUCCCGCCGAGGGGUGCCGGUUCUGAGCUCCCGGCCGGGAGUCGCCUUGGUCCCCCUUGGGGCGCGCGCAGGUGUGAGCGUGCAGGGGUUUUGUAGAGGAAUUUGUUCUCUCCAAAACUGGGACCCGGGGCGCCCAGUGGGCACCUGUGCCUUGAGCCUUUCUUUCCGCAGCCGCAGGUCUGAGCUGUCCGGCCUCAGUUUCCCUCCGAUUUUUCUCCUGCUUGCCAGCCCAGGCUGCUGCCCGGCAUUGUUCUUGUUGUCAAAUGGGGGUGUUUUGUGAAGACUGCCAAGUUGGAGUGUGUUCUCUUUACCCCAUUUUUCAAACAGAACAAGGCCUCUAAUGCUGACCUCGGACAACCCUCUCGGCCCCUACUUCACGUCGUUGCACUGAUUUUUUUUUUCUCAUUGAGUAGUAUUUUAUUGUACAGGAGCCACGCCCUGGUUUCUUAAAGGCUCCUUGCUCUCUGGCCAUGUGUUAUCUCUGCAGCUGGUGUGCGGGAGGCCUCCUGUGAGCCACCUGUUUUUCCCGCCUCCUGAGACAUCCUCCCACCUGCCUCAAGAAUUUAGGGAUGCCAGGGGGGAAGAAGGUGAUCGGAGGUGGCGGCAGUGGUGCUGCCCCCGCUGCCGCCGCCGCCCCCUCUGGGGUCAGGCGUUUGGAGACCAGCGAAGGGGCCUCAGCCCAGAGAGAGGAGGAUCCAGAGGAGGAAGGGGAAGAGGACCUUCGCGACGGAGGCAUCCCCUUCUUUGUCAACCGGGGUGGGCUGCCUGUGGAUGAGGCCACCUGGGAAAGGAUGUGGAAACACGUGGCCAAGAUCCACCCCGAUGGAGAGAAGGUGGCGCAACGGAUCCGUGGGGCCACGGACCUGCCCAAGAUUCCCAUACCGAGUGUGCCUACGUUCCAGCCGUCUACGCCUGUCCCUGAACGCCUGGAAGCCGUGCAGCGCUACAUCAGGGAGCUGCAGUACAAUCACACAGGGACACAGUUCUUUGAAAUUAAGAAGAGCAGACCUCUGACAGGGCUGAUGGACCUAGCCAAGGAAAUGACCAAAGAGGCUCUGCCAAUCAAAUGCCUGGAAGCCGUGAUCCUGGGAAUUUACCUCACCAACAGCAUGCCCACCCUGGAACGCUUCCCCAUCAGCUUCAAGACCUACUUCUCAGGGAACUACUUCCGCCACAUCGUGCUGGGGGUGAACUUCGGCGGCCGCUACGGCGCGCUGGGCAUGAGCCGGCGCGAGGACCUGAUGUACAAGCCGCCGGCCUUCCGCUCGCUCAGCGACCUCGUGCUGGACUACGAGGCCGCCUACGGCCGCUGCUGGCACGUGCUCAAGAAGGUGAAGCUGGGCCAGAGCGUGUCGCACGACCCGCACAGCGUGGAGCAGAUCGAGUGGAAGCACUCGGUGCUGGACGUGGAGAGGCUGGGCCGCGACGACUUCCGCAAGGAGCUGGAGCGCCACGCCCGCGACAUGCGGCUCAAGAUUGGCAAAGGGACAGGUCCACCCUCUCCCACCAAGGACCGGAAGAAGGAUGUUUCCUCCCCGCAGCGGGGCCAGUCCAGCCCCCACCGCAGGAACAGUCGCAGCGAAAGACGGCCCUCGGGUGAGAAGAAGCCUUCAGAGCCCAAAGCCAUGCCAGACCUCAACGGGUACCAGAUCCGGGUGUGAGGCGGGUGCCAGCAGCCCGGGCCUCACCUGCCCCCGGGGGCCAGGAUGCACCUGCCGGAACCAGCUUCGCUGGCAGGGCAGAGAGGCUGGUGACGGGGCAGGGCGAGCGGCCGCAGGGAGAGUGUGUUCCAGCUCAGCCCCCCGAGCUGCUCCCCGUCCCGCCGAGCUGAGCUCCCUAACUUUGGGCCGAGAGGCA